GGGACCGGGUCGUGGGCAGCACCUGGGCGGGAGCCGGUGACACCUGUUCUGCGGACUCCGAAGGCCGGUGGAGGGCAGCCCGAGGCCCGGCCGAGGGUGUGCGGGACGAGGCCGCCCGGCUUCUUGCAGGCCGAGGAGCCGAUAAGAAAACUGAAGCACAGUGUCUAAAUUAACUUGUCCAAGACCAGACAGUUGGUGCAGGGUGUUUCCCAUUCGCGACAUCAGAGCAAUGUCCUACGUUUUUGUCAAUGAUUCUUCACAGACAAAUGUACCCCUGCUACAAGCCUGCAUCGAUGGAGACUUUAACUAUUCCAAGCGGCUUUUGGAAAGUGGCUUUGACCCAAAUAUCCGUGACACCAGAGGGAGGACAGGCCUUCACCUUGCUGCAGCCCGAGGGAAUGUAGACAUCUGCCAGUUGCUGCAUAAGUUCGGUGCUGAUCUGCUGGCCACGGACUACCAAGGGAACACAGCUCUCCACCUCUGUGGCCACGUGGACACCAUCCAGUUCUUAGUUUCCAAUGGACUCAAGAUUGAUAUUUGCAAUCAUCAAGGUGCAACCCCUUUAGUUCUGGCAAAGCGCAGGGGUGUGAAUAAAGAUGUCAUCCGAUUGCUGGAGUCUUUGGAAGAACAAGAGGUAAAAGGAUUUAACAGAGGAACCCACUCAAAACUGGAGACGAUGCAGACUGCAGAGAGUGAAAGUGCCAUGGAAAGCCAUUCUCUCCUCAACCCCAACCUCCAGCAAGGUGAAGGAGUGCUCUCCAGCUUCCGAACCACGUGGCAAGAGUUUGUGGAGGAUCUGGGCUUCUGGAGGGUCUUGCUCUUGAUCUUUGUCAUUGCUUUGCUGUCUCUGGGCAUUGCCUACUAUGUGAGUGGGGUGCUGCCCUUUGUGGAAAACCAGCCUGAGCUGGUGCAUUAAAGGGGCUCCUGGAGAUGAGCCCCGGGCCUGUUUCUCGGCUGCCUAUUCUCAGAUCUUAGAAUUUUUCUUAGCCAGGUAGUGAGGGCUACCCAUUUUCUCUCUGCAUUUUCACUUACUUUUUAGAAGACUGAUGUGUUCCUUUGACUCUUGUCCUGUGGUUGGCCACACGGCAUCCUCCUGCUACCUCUGUUACAGCCUGACUCCUGAGAGAAACCUUCCCCUAGGCUUGUGUGAUCAAAGCAUAGUAUUGACCAGAAAGGAAGCUAACAGCAGAGGCUGAGGGCCCCGUGGGGAGGACCCAACCCUAACGUAGGACCAGUGACCUGUCCAGAAAGCAAUCUGGUUUCUUCUGUGAUUCAGCUUUGUUAGCUAUCUUGGCUUUUAUUUGUUUUCGAGAGCCCUCUUUUUUGGUUUUUAUUUACUUUUUCUGGGGAGGGGAAAGAGAGUGAUACCUUUCAACUUAGAUCUUGAUUUUUUUUUUUUAUAUAGUUAUAUGGAAAAUUAGAACUGUUAGAGACUUUGACUUCUGAGGAACAUUUUCGAGUCUAAUCAAAUGAAAGUUUUUGAAAAUUAGCAAUGUUCUCUUCAAAAUAGAUUAAUUUAAUCUUACAUUUAGCUGCCUUGGGGUAAUUUUGGUUUGUUGUAAACGGAUUUGCUUAUCGUGUCUGUGAAGAAUCAACUUGCAGAGUUCGCUCUGCUCACUCAGUUUUCUCUCAUUUUUAUUUUAGAGGUAAUCUUGAAAAAUGUCAGAAAACGCUUUCAAGAGAAUAAUUAGUAGAGAAAAAUCUAACUUAUCACAAUCUGUCACCAUAAUUCUGAGGUGCCAUCAAGAUAGAAAGAAAGACAGUGUCGUCAUGGUUUACCAUCAUUAAUGUGUGAUCCUAACAAACACUACCCAUCUCUGCAGUUCCACAGUGGCAGGACUGGGGGGCUAUUUCUGAGUCAGGAGCCCUGAAUGAUAUUGCACUAGGUGUCACGAAGUCUGUCCCAUAAGAAUGGUUGUGUUUUGUGAAUCAGAAUCUGGCCCCCAAACUGCAUUGCAGUUCUCAGUAGUGUUUGAAGGCUCCUUUUGUUCUUAAUCCUUUAAUAUAUAAAUCAUGUUUUUUAGGUUAUUACAGAGUAUGAAGACUUAAUAAUUGUUCAUUGACCAAAACCUGGAAAUUGUAGUGAAGAACUAAUGGCUUUGUGUUCCUGAGCAAAGGCGUUUGUGCUCCUGCUUGUUGUUGACUUGCCUUUUUUUUCCUUGUUGAGAACUUCUCCUGUAUUUAUGUAUCUGGCAUUGACACUUUUCCUUUUGUGUGGCUUUAUCCUGUCUUAAAGAACUGUUCCAUAAUUCCUGACUGGCUUCUUCAGGAUCAGCUUGCAAAGUCUCACUUUUAAUUACUCAUGCUUGGUGGAACUAUAAAACAAACAGAAACAGCUGGCAUUAAAAUGGAUAACACUAGAACUCUUUUGAAGUAUGCUUAGAAUGAAAGCUCUGGAAGUAGCUUCACCUCUGUAAAUCUAAAUAGAUAUUUGAAAUUGGUCAGUGGAUGUAAAUAUGCUGCAUUUUUAAGAUUUGUGCUUCCUUUUAAGUGCUGAUUUCUUUGUAUUGUGUGCCCUGCAUUCUUUAUUCAGCAAUACCCAAUAAAUGUUAUUUAUAAAUCCUCA